GCUUAUUAUUCCCUUAAUCCCUCACUUUCUAUUGCAAAUCGCUCCUGGCAAGUGCGCUAUUAUCUGUCUUUGAAAACUCCAGAAAACACCCUGAUCACAUAAACAUUGGUAUCGCGCCGCUACCAACAUGGUCGAACUCAGGAAGCGCAAAGCACCCGCAGAGCCCGCCCCGACGGAGAAGAAGCCCAAGGUAACACAGAAGGCAGCUACCAGAGGUCGACCUCGAGCAUCGGCAAAGGGAGCCCAGAAGGACUCGGCCGCUCAAUCGUCGAAAUCUAGCACUCCCUCGGUGGGAGAUACCAUUCAACUCGAUGGGUUUGGAGGAGAAAUCGAAACGCACGAGGGUGUCAAGACGACGCUGAAGGCAUUGGUUGACGAGAGUGAAGCGGGAGUUGUUCUUUUUACAUACCCCAAGGCUUCGACCCCUGGAUGCACAAGGCAGGCAUGCUUUUUCCGCGAUGAUUACAGCGACUUGACCUCCACCGGUCUGGCUAUUUAUGGGCUCUCCAACGAUUCACCCAAGGCCAACACGACCUUCAAGACUAAACAGAACCUUCCAUACCCUCUCCUGUGUGACCAACAGGCUAGCCUAAUUGGGGCUCUCGGCUUCAAGAAGGCACCAAAAGGAACGCUCAGAGGAGUCGUCGUCGUGGAUAAGGCCGGAAAGGUCCUGAUCUCAGAGGCUGGUGGACCGGAGGCAACUGUUAACGCCGUGAGAGCGCUAGUGAAGAGCAAACCAGAUGAGGGCAAAGACGAAUCCAAAGAUUCGGAGACAAAAGCAGACGGCUCGUCCGCCCCGGACAAGUCAUGAUGUUCGGUAACUCAUCAGGUACUGUUGCAGCAACGACCCUUAUCUAGGUAUUCUAGAUAUAGGAGUUCUUAAUCGCAUCUCUCUGUGCGCGAGGCAUCUAUAUGUCUGAUGUACAACAUCGAACAUUAGCCCACGGAAAGAUGAGAUCACAGUGGGUUGUGGUAGAGUAUUUAAGUAUGUAUGUACAUAAUUUAUCGCACGGUUUUGAAUCCACAGUGCUAGAGCAUUGUUAUUGAAAGGAAGUGUUUCAAAAGUAUUCUAGACCUAUUGUUGAACAUAAGUCCCUCAGCAUUUACUCGGAUCAAGAUUCAAUGGCAGGGAGCGAAUCACAAA